CAAACCAUGAAAAAAAAAUUGUCUGUUUACACGAUUACAUUAAAACAUUGUACACGAGUGCACCCAGUCUUCUGCCCUAAGAUGUUACAUUUAAGUUAAACAUUUGGGCGUUUACAUCAGCAUCAUGUUAUGUUGGUGUUUUGAAUAAUGAUCUCAGACAGCGUUAUUUUGCAUGAGAUGCGCUCCAGUAGUUUUCGACAUGGACAGAAGCUUCACCAUACCUGGGAGAUUAUUACAUAAUUGGCACACUGUGGAACUAUAUAGACGCACUGGAACAAUAUUAUUACUAGUCAAGAUAUACUGCAGAACGAAAACGAUGUUGUGAUACAUGUGUAAUAAAGUCAAAGGCUUAGUGAUCGCCCCAAGAGCAGCAAUUCAUUCACUGACGAAGAAUCAGUCCUGUGUUGUUCCCACCUCCAAUCCCGUCCCUCCUCUGAAGGUCUCUCUCUGCCUUUCCCUCCAGAGAGAGAAAGAGACAGAGAUUAUGCUUAGAGGCUCGUGCAAGACGUUAUAUCGAGCCCACGCGUCAAACCGACAUGAGAUGCGCUGCAAAAUCGGUCUGGAUUCAGAGGAAAUGACCUGAGCUGUGAACGACCAGAAGAUGAUGGUGAUGAUGGAGAAUAUCGGUGCGAUUCGGCUUUACCUCAUGAAAUGCAUCUGUCUACGCUGGGCUUGGGUCUGUGUGGCUGCCUGUGGUGGUAAAGUGGAGUUACACACCGAGAGGAGAGGAGUGAUCUACAGCCCAUCAUGGCCUCUCAACUACCCGCCUGGAGUGAACUGCAGCUGGAAUAUACAGGGAAGCCGCGGAGAUGUGAUCACAAUCAGUUUUCACAGCUUUUAUGUGGAGGACACGGGGGACUGCAGGGGCGACUGGCUGCUGCUCGGCCCCACAUGGAAAGCUGAGGAUCGGUUCUGUGGCUCUCUGCUUCCUCCUCCCUUCAUCUCCUCAAGAGGACAGGUCUGGGUCUACUUCCACUCUCAGGCUAACAGCUCUGGACAGACACAAGGCUUCAGACUAUCUUACAUACGAGGUCGACUGGGUCAGAGUAGUUGUGAAAACGAUGAAUAUUUAUGUGGAAAUGGUAAGUGCGUUCCCCGUUCCUGGCGCUGUAAUGGAUUGGACGAGUGUGGAGACAAUACAGACGAGAGGAGCUGUGCUGCCCCGCCAACAUCUGCUCGGGUCAGUCUGUGUCCGCCUGGGACGGUGCAGUGCUCUGAUAUCCAAUCUACCCGCUGUCUGCCGGUGUAUCUGCGCUGUAAUGGAGCCCGGGACUGUCCUGACGGAUCCGAUGAGGCCCACUGUCCCGACACGUCUUGUGGAAAACACUUAGUCAACUUCUAUGGGACAUUUGCCUCCCCUGAUUUUUUCCGUCCAAACAGGAGCGCUGGCACAGUUCUUCACUGCACAUGGUUCCUAGACACACAAGACCCAAAGCCGUUGGUGCUGCAGGUGGAUCUACAGCUGGGUGUGGGAGACUCUGUCCGUGUUUACGAUGGAUUGGGAGAGCGUGCCGAACAUCUUCUGCAGAGUCUCUCUCACCAUAAUAACCACAGACGAGCCCUUCUGGAGUCGUCCCAGGGACAGAUGAGCAUCUUCUACCACGCCAAACCACACAGCCCUGGACACGGAUUCAACGCCACCUACCAGGUUAAAGGGUACUGCUUUCCAGGUGAACAUCCAUGUGGCACAGACGAGGGCUGUUUCUCAGAGCUGCAGCGCUGUGAUGGCUACUGGCACUGCCCCGGUGGGCGAGAUGAGGAGGACUGUCCGCUGUGUCAGCCAGGAGAGUAUCCCUGCGAGGGUGGCAGCGGAGCAUGUUACUCGGCUUCUGAGAGGUGUAACAACCAGAAGAAGUGCCCCGACGGCUCAGAUGAGAAAAACUGCUUUGAUUGCCAGCCUGGAAAUUUCCACUGUGGAACCAACCUGUGCAUCUUUGAGACAUGGCACUGCGAUGGGCAGGAGGACUGUCUCGACGGCAGCGAUGAGAGAGACUGUCUUGCAUCCGUGCCCAGGAAGGUGAUCACAGCGGCUCUGAUCGGCAGCUUGGUCUGUGGGCUGCUGCUGGUCAUCGCACUGGGUUGUGCCUUUAAACUCUACUCGCUCAGGACAAGAGAGUACAGAGCUUUUGAAACCCAGAUGACCCGACUAGAGGCGGAGUUUGUUCAGAGGGAGGCUCCACCCUCCUAUGGUCAGCUGAUAUCUCAAGGUCUCAUUCCUCCAGUGGAUGACUUCCCAGUGUACAACCCAACACAGGCUUCUGUUCUGCAGAACCUCCGUUCAGCUAUGCGAAGGCAGAUUCGUCGUCACUCUUCUCGUCGUUCCUCGUCACGGCGGCGAGUUGGUCGUCUGUGGAAUCGCCUGUUCCACCGUGGCUCUCGGGUCCGGGGUCAGAUACCUCUCCUCACGCCUCCAGGCCACACGCACACAAACACACACCCCGAUCUGAGCCUCCACAGCUACAACACGACGGACGAUGGCAUCGAGGAGUCACGCGAGAGUACGGGACAGACUCCGCCGUCCUGUUCGACGGUGGCGCUGGGACUGGCCCUGCAGGCUCACACCGAAGCCUUCUGCCUUCCUGACAGACAGUCUCUGACCUCUCCCCUCUCUCUGCCCUCCCCUACCUCACCCCGCUCCACCUCCGACACUCUGGAGGACGAAGAUGAUGAAGAUGACAGAGGUUCAGAGUGGGUGAGAAUGAAAUCCAAACAUAAAGAUGACGACAGUCCUCCUGGACCCCCCGAUAGCCCCAAACGCAGCACAAGCCGGUCGAGAUCCUCCAGACGGCUGGUGCAGGAGCUGGCUGCAGAGCUCCGAGGAGUCUCUCUCCUGCGCUACACCUCUGUGGGCAUCUCGCCGCUUUCCUCCCCUGAGUCACCGUCGUCCUCCAGCGGUCAGUCUGAGGAGCAGAGAAGCUUUCCUACAUUCGGAAAACCACAAAUGGACGCACGCACAGAUGCUCACGGACACGCCAGGAAAUCUUCAGAAACAGAAGAGGUUCCUGGUGACUGUGACAGGCUUUGCAGACUCACAACUAGCGAGGAAGAGGACGAUGAGAUUCUGUUAGUGCACUGAGAAGCCUUUAUCACCCUCCCUUUUCUGAAUUUGUGCCAACACAGUGAGCCUUAAUAGGUUCAACCUACGGCCUUCCAUCCAGAGUCAUAAAGUACAGUAUUUUUACACAUGUAGUGUAAACUAUUUCAGUCAGACAAAAGGGUUUACAUGACAUUUUAAAAAGAAAAAUGAUUGCUUUAGUCAGACUGAAACUGAUCUUUUAAAGUGUACGUAAAUAUACACUACCGUUCAAAAGUUUUUUUUAAAAGAAAUUGUUUAGUUCAGCAAGGAUGCAUUACACUGAUGAAAAGUGACAGUAACGAAUUCUUUAUUGUUACAAAUAAAUGUUUUUUUUUUCUGAAUUUUCUUUUUAUCAAAUAAUCAAUUGGGGAAAAAUGACAGUUUCCACAAAAAUAUUAAUCAGCACCACUAUUUUCAACCUUGACAAUAAUAAGGAAUGUUUCUUGAGCACCAAAGCAGUGUAUUAGAAUGAUUUCUGAAGGAUCGUGUGACACUGAAGACUGGAGGAAUGAUGCUGAAAAUUCAGCUUUGCAUCAGGGAAUAAAUUUCAUUUUAAAGUAAAAUAUCUUCAAACAGAAAACAGUUAUGUCAAUGUAUUUUGAAAAAGGCAGCAUUGCUGAGCCUACGAGGCUUCUUUCCGAAAUGUUUUAAAAUCUUACUGACACCCAAAACUUUGAACGGUAGUGUUGUACUUACAAAGUGUUAAGCCUUGUAGUUGCAGAAAGUUUGGAUUUCAUGCCGUCAUAGUAGAACAUGGAGGAUUCAACCUCAGCUCAGACACUGCAGUGUGUGUGUGUGUGUGUGUGUGUUUAGUUGUCAUCCGUGAUCAGAUAAUUUCACAAAUCAGCUCCUGCAUUCAAUAUUAUUGUUCACUUGCUAGAAAUCACCUAAAACCCUUGUGAAUGUGGCUAUAUCACUACAACAAUAUUUGAUUAUCAAGGAUUGAGCAUAAAUACUUUCCCACAUGGAAUAUCUUUAUUACACAGAGGUUAAUUAGUCUGAAUCUCUGCUUUCUUUCGGUAACAUUCUGUCGUGACCUUCACCUCCCUCUCUCCUUCCCAACGCCUUAUCAGAGAUUCACUGUGUCGCCUUCUGAGGUUAAAAUGUCUGCACACAUUUCAUUUUUAUCAGAACCAGCCAGAAUGUUUGAAUGUUGACUGUGUCCUACAUUAACAGAUCUGAACCUCUUAUAUUGCACAUACACUACUGUUCAAAAGGUUGAGGUUGGUUGAAGUUUAUGGAAGUAUUUUAUGCUCACCAAGGCUGAAUUUAUUUUAUUCAGAAGUA